AUGUCCUACCUGGUUGACUGUCCGAAAACGAAUAUUGUCGAUCACAUGUUUAAAAUGAUGGAGAAGUACUCCACAGACUUGGAGGAACAAGUCAACGCACGUACCGCAGAGCUGGAGUCGGAGAAGCGUAAAAAGGAAUAUCUAAUAGCUCGACUUCUUCCACCUGUCGUGGCCGAGUCCCUGAAGUCUGGAAAGACGGUUGCGCCUGAAACCUUCGACGAGGUGUCCAUCUACUUUAGCGAUAUUGUUGGCUUCACGACCAUCUCAGCUCUCUCAACUCCACUGCAAGUGGUUGGUCUGCUGAAUGACCUCUACACCAUGUUUGACGCAACCAUUGACAACUACGACGUCUACAAAGUAAGCAAUGCCUAA